AUGUCGUCUUUGGAGGCUCGCGCUGCGCUGCUGCCGCCCGCACAGAUCCCUCUAAUGAAGGGGAAGAGCUCCGCGGCGGGGCCGAGGAGAGCUGCUCUCGGAGAGAUCACCAACUCUAACGCCGCUAACGCGAAGCCGGACCAUCGAAGUCCAAACCGGCUUGUGCCCAAAAGGUCAAACCUGUCCAGGUGGUGGUUCCGACGGUCCAGGUCGGCCCAGCAGAGCCCCCCCCCGGCGGUGCCAGAGGCCCCCCCCGCGGUGCCGGAGGAGGGGGCGCUGUGCCGGGGCUUCUCCCAGGUGCUGCUGGCGGCGCCGGACGUGGACGAGCAGGACGCUGACCAGCCGCAUCUCUGCUCCCAAUACGUCAAGGAGAUCUACCAGUACCUGCACGUCCUGGAGGAGCAGCAGGCCGUGCGGGCCGACUACAUGCGGGGCUACGAGAUCACGGAGCGCAUGCGGGCGCUGCUGGUGGACUGGCUGGUCCAGGUCCACUCCAGGUUCCAGCUGCUGCCCGAGACUCUGUACAUGACGGUGGCCCUGCUGGACCGGUUCCUGCAGGUGCAGCCGGUGUCCCGCAGGAAGCUGCAGCUGGUGGGGGUGACGGCCAUGCUGGUGGCCUGUAAGUACGAGGAGAUGUUCGCCCCGGAGGUGGGCGACUUCGCCUACGUGACGGACGGCGCCUGCAGCCGGGCGCAGAUCCUGGAGAUGGAGCAGCAGCUGCUGAGGAGCCUGAGCUUCCAGCUGGGCCGCCCGCUGCCCCUGCACUUCCUCCGGAGGGCCUCCAAGGUGGCCGGGGCUGACGUGGAGACCCACUCCCUGGCUAAGUACCUGAUGGAGCUGACCCUGCUGGACUACGGUCUGGUCCAGCGUCGGCCCUCAGAGGUGGCGGCCGCCUCGCUCUGCCUCUCCCAGCUGCUGCUGACCGGGACGCCCUGGUCCCCCGUCCAGCAGCACUACUCCUCCUACGACCAGCAGCACCUGCAGCCCCUCAUGCAGCGCAUGGCCCGCAGCCUGGUCCUGCUGCACACCGGCCAGACCCGCUUCCAGGCCGUAAGGAACAAGUUCUCCAGCAGCCGGCUGCUGCGGGUCAGCCUCCUCCCCCAGCUCAAGUCGCCCCUCCUGGAGGAAAUGGCCGCGCCGCUGCUCACCGGCUCCUGA